GCUAAUCUUGCUCCAACUGCUUGUCAGCGCACCUCUGGGCUUGUUGCUGCUUCAUGCUGCACACUGAAAAUAAAGGAAAUCCCCAGGCUGCAGUGUACGGGCAUUCAAGUCAUCUUGCUAAUUGAGAAUGGAGAAGGUUGCUGCUUGUCUAUACAGAAGGCCUAAUGCGCUUUAUAGGCUGAUUUGCUUCCCCUGGGGUGGAAGUAGCGCUACCCAUUUUGCACGAUGGGGGAAACUCUUUGACAACUCAACAGAAGUUUAUUCUAUAAGGUUUCCUGGAAGAGGCUCUCGUGUUAAUGAACCUUUUGCAAAAGACAUGAAAACUAUCGUUAAUGACAUUAUUGGUGGUUUGCUUCAAGACUUGCAAGAGAAACCUUUUGCAUUUUUUGGUCACAGUUUUGGAUCAUAUGUUAGUUUUGCGGUUGCAGUACACUUGAAAAAAAAAUAUGGAUUACAACCAUUGCAUCUUUUUAUAUCAAGCGCAGGUGCCCCACAUACAACACUUUGUUAUCCUCUCCACACGGUAAAAGACCAAGGCGAAGAAGAAAUUAUCAAAGAGCUACAGUCUCUUGGAGGUACUCCUCCUGCAUUUCUGCAGGACAAAAAUUUUAUGAAACGCUACAUUCCUGCAUUAAAAGCAGAUCUGGCAGUUGUUCAGUCCUUUCUCUUACAGGAACUGGUAAUGGAUGGUCUCUCUUGUGGUCUUACAUGCUUUGGUGGGUCUGAAGAUUUGCCAUUUGAUUUAGAAGGUAACUAA